CAUAGACAGGCAGGCAGGCUGAAGAGAAGAGAAGUCGAGCAGACUUUCAAGAGUCUUUAGACGACCUCAACGUAAUUUUCAAAUCAAAAUACUACUCCUCCUCCUACUAUGGAGUACUAGUUGUUGGAAAACAAAAGAAAGUUCUGCUCAUACUUCCUCUUCGUCUACUCUCGAUCACCUCAUAAUCACAGCUUUUCUGGUCCGCCACUCUGGCGCAGCCCACUCCUAAUUUUCCAGGAAACCCCUCGCAAUUUCCCUGGAAAAAAUCCACCUCCCAGAAAUCCGCUGUUUAUAAAUAUUCACCUAUGCUUGCGCUUCGUUAGUCUGUUUUCUUGAUCCUCUCCUAAAGCCUCCAACUUCUUCUAACCAAAUUCGAUCGUUUUAAGUGCAGAUGGGAUUGAAUUUAGGCGCUGACAAUGACAGAAAAAUGGAUGGGAGUGUAAGGCUUUGAUGAGUCGAGUUGAAUAAUUUGGUCACAUGGGACUACUGGAAAUCGGUUUGUAGAGUUCUUGUGCUUUUAACAAGAUGGUGUUGGAUGUGGUUACUAGUUCCUUAUUCUCACCGGUUGCGGAAGUCCUAUCGCAGAUUGUUGAGACAAUCUUUGAGGUUGUAAUUACUUCCAAGAAUGUCUUUAUUGAGAAAGAUAGUAUUCGGGAACUUUCAAAUUACUUGGAAAAGAUUGUCCCUCUCCUAAAAGAAAUGAUGAGGAAAAACAUUCAAAACUCCGACAGCUUAGACAAUGUUAUUUUGGUUCUUCAUCAGGAGGUCAAAGUUGCAAAGCAAUUAGUAGAGGAAUGCAGUAAACGAAACAAGGUAUAUCUCUUAAUGAGUUGCCGGUCAAUUGCUAAACGCUUGGAGGACAGUACAAGAAAGAUUAGUCAGGCAUUAGGUCUUAUUCCUUUGAGCUCAUUGGAUAUUUCAGCAGGUAUAAUUGCAGAGAUCAGUCAGUUAUGUGACCAUAUGAAGACUGCAGAGUUCAAGGCCGCUGUACAAGAGGAAGAGAUUUUGGAGAAAAUAGAGUCAGGAAUACAGGAGAGGAAUGUUGACCGCUCGUAUGCCAAUAGUUUGCUGUUUUCAAUUGCAGAGGCCGUUGGAAUUUCAACAGAGCGGUCAGCAUUGAGGAAAGAAUUUGAAGAAUUCAAGGAGGAAAUAGAAAAUGCACAACUGAGAAAGGACCAGGCGGAAGCCAUACAAAUGGAUCAAAUAAUCGCUUUGCUGGAAAGGGCAGAUGCUACCUCUACUCCCAACGAGAAAGAAACCAGGUAUCUGACCAAGAGAAAUUCUUUGGGUAGCCAACCAUUGGAACCUCUCCAGUCAUUUAUUUGCCCAAUAACAAGAGAAGUUAUGGUGGACCCUGUGGAAACUUCUUCAGGGCAUACAUUUGAGAGAAGUGCCAUAGAGACGUGGUUUGCAGAUGGGAAUAUAUUGUGUCCCUUAACCAUGAUAGCUUUAGACACAUCAAUCCUGCGGCCUAACAAAACUCUACGGCAAUCAAUUGAGGAAUGGAAGGAUAGAAAUACAAUGAUCACGCUUGCUUCCAUGAAACAAAAACUCUUGUCACGAGAUGAAGAAGCACUUCAUUGCCUGGCACAACUACAGGAUCUCUGCGAGCAAAGGGAUAUGCACCGAGAGUGGGUAGUAUUGGAGAAUUACAUACCUAUCCUUGUUGAACUUCUUGGUGCCAAAAGCCGUGACAUGAGAAAUAAUGCUCUUGCAAUCCUCUAUAUCCUGGCAGAAGAUAGUGAUGACGCCAAGGAAAGAAUAGGAAAAGUUGAUAAUGCAAUUGAAUCUAUUGUACACUUUCUUGGACGUCGUAUUGAGGAAAGGAAGUUAGCAGUGGCAUUACUAUUGGAGCUUUCUAAAAGUGAGUCAGUUCGAGACUGCAUCGGAAAGGUUCAGGGGUGCAUACUUCUAUUAGUGACUACUAUGUCAAGUAGUGACGAAGACAAUCGAGCUGCCAGAGAUGCAGGGGUGCUUUUGGAGAACCUCUCGUUCUCUAAUGAGAAUGUUAUCCAGAUGUCAAAGGCAAAUUAUUUCAAAUAUUUGUUGCAGCGUCUUUCUUCAGGACCAGAAGACGUGAAGUUAAUCAUGGCUAAAACACUGGCGGAGAUGGAGUUGACUGACCUCAAUAAAUCAUCUUUGCUCGAUGAUGGUGUACUUGGUUCCCUUCGUCACUUGAUCUCACAUGGCAGUACUGAGAUGAAGCAAGUGGCUGUUAAAGCUCUUCAGAACCUCUCAAGCUUGCCGAAGAACGGUCUGCAGAUGAUAAGAGAAGGUACUGUGGUCCCAUUACUUGACCUCCUCUGCCAUCACGCAUCUCCACUGACUUUACGUGAGCAGAUAGCAGCCACUAUUCUGCAACUUGCCGUAUCAACUGUGUCCCAAGAUUUGAGUGGGACUCCGGUGUCAUUUUUGGAAUCUGAUGGAGAUAUCUCCAGACUGUUCUCAUUGAUUAGCUUGAGCAGGCCUACUAUACAGCAAAGCAUACUCCAGGCCUUUCAUGCAAUGUGCCAAUCUCCCUCUGCUACUACUAUCAAGACCAAGUUAAAUCAGUGUUCAGCAGUUCAAGUUCUGGUUCCGUUAUGUGAGCUUGAUAACCUUAAUGUACGGGCAAAUGCUGUGAAGCUGCUCUGCUGCCUGACAGAAGAUGGUGAUGAAGCCUCUAUCUUGGAGAAUGUGGGCCAGAAAUCAAUUGAGACCUUUCUCAGGAUCAUCAAAACAUCUAAUGAUGAGGAAGAAAUUGCUUCUGCAAUGGGUAUCCUCUCUAACCUCCCCAAAUGCCCCCCGAUCACUACAUGGCUGCUUGACGCAGGGGGUCUUCGAGUAAUUUUCAAUGUUCUUUCUGUUGGUAAUCAUAAUGGGUCCCUAAAUGGGACCCACAAAAAUACGUUGAUAGAGAAUGCUGUUGGGGCCAUAUGCCAUUUUAGUGAUCCAACUAAUCGUCUUUUACAAAAGAAAGCAGGUGAAAUUGGCGUGAUUCAGGUUUUAGUGCAGUUACUCGAGUCAGGCACCGAGUUGACAAAAAAACGAGCAGCGUUUUGCCUUUCUCAGUUUUCCACAAGUUCACUUGAACUGAGUCGGCCAUUUCCAAAACGUCAUGGGUUAUGGUGCUUCUCACCUCCACCAGAAACCAUGUGCCCAGUUCAUCGAGGGAUCUGUACCAUAGAAUUAUCAUUUUGCCUUGUGGAAGCUGGUGCGGUGGGACCCCUUGUAAGAAUUCUUACGGAACCGGAUAUUGAAGCCUGUGAAGCUGCUUUAGAUGCACUAUUAACUUUGAUUGAAGGUGAGAGAUUGCAAAAUGGUAGUAAGUUGCUAGCUGAAGCAAAUGCCAUACACUUCAUAAUAAAACUACUCAGCACUCCAUCCCCUAGAUUGCAAGAGAAAGUCCUGAUUUGUUUGGAAAGGAUUUUCCGAUUAUUGGAGUAUAAACAGAAGUAUGGGCCCUCCGCUCAGAUGCCUUUAGUCGACUUGACUCAGAGAGGAAAUAGUAGUAUGAGAUCUCUGGCAGCCAAAAUUCUUGCUCACUUGAAUGUAAUUCAUGAUCAGUCUUCUUAUUUUUGAAGGAAGAUGAGGGAUUUCAUAUCAUUUCUCGGUUUCAGAAGUCUCUCAGAAAACUCACGGAUGUGGAUAGGGAAAUUAUGGAUUACCUGCACCAUUGUUACACGAAAAACUUGGAGUUGCUGAGAGCAAACGAGAGGGGCAUCCGGUUGUCUGGUAGAGAGAAGAAAUAGGUGGAAGCCACCAUUGAUGGGCAGGUUAGCUGACUGAAGGGCUUUUUUUUUUCAGUCGUAUUCUAGUUUUAAUUCUUUAGUCCUACUGAUUAUUUUGAUUCAGUUGUAUAUGCUGGAAAUAUGUUCAAUAGUUUGGAAAAAGACAAAAGUCGAAUUCUCAUGGUUUUUUUUAUCAUAGCUAUAGUGAAAAAAGGUGAUCCCCUACAGUUUUUUUUCC